UUAAUAUUGAACUUGGUUGGUAACACAGUUGCUGCUGUAAUCAAAUAAUGUUAUCUUGGAGAUUGCAAUAACACGAUAAGACCAACAUGACAAUUAAAAUUAUGCAAUCAAACUUGAUAAGUUCAGCAUUGAGCUUUCAUUCACAGUAUUCGCCUGUUGGUUGUUUUCGGGUUAUUGCAAAUUCAGUAUCAUCACAUUUCGGAUUUCUUAGCAAAAAUGAAAAGUGUUUUAAACUUCUUCACUCACAAUUUCGGGUUUCUUGUUUGUGUCUUUUUGUACACUCUUCACCCAACUCAUGGUUCGGAGGAGAACUUAGUGUGGUUUCCAACCCAAAUGGCUCAAAUUAUCCGAUUCCAGCCAAACUCACACCUAGCUCUAAUUCAAAGCUUGGAAACGUUUCUGAUAUUCAUUUCUUCCUUUACACAAGGGAAAAUCCAUUCACCCCCGAAGAAUUAAUCGUGGGUGAUCCAUCCUCCAUAACGGAAUCAAAGUUUAUUUUGCGAGCCCCCAUAAAAAUGUUGGUAAAUGGGUUUGGCGGGAACCCCAACGAGUCUUAUAUCUGGGAUCUUCGUACAGCAUUUUUGAACAUUCCACCACCAAUGACUUUCAACGUGAUAAUAAUGGAUUGGGCGAAGUUGACGACGUCACCAGAUUAUUUUAUGGCCGUUGCGAACUGCCAGAUUGCAAGCCGACAUGCGGCAGCUCUAUUAGAUUUGUUGAUGGACGUUGGACAAGUCCACAGUUCACAUAUUCACUUAAUCGGACACAGCCUGGGGGGACACCUAGUGGGGCAAAUUGGAAAUAGGGUUACUGGAGGAAGGAUUGGACGUAUUACGGCAUCCGAUCCAGCAUUGCCGCUUUUCGACGUUGCCCACCUAGACAACAGGACGGAUCCAAGCGAUGCGGAUUUUGUGGAUGUUAUUCACACUUGUGCCAAUGGUUUCACGGCAUUUUAUGACCCACUAGGACAUGUAGAUUGGUAUCCAAAUGGCGGGAGGUAUCAGCCAGGCUGCGGUGUUGACCUCGUUUGUGACUGUUCCCACGCCAGGUCCCCAGCAUACUACAUAGAAUCUUUGAGCAGUAAUGGGGGCUUCUGGGGAAGAAAGUGUGAUAAUUUCCAGGAUUAUGAGGGUGGCCUUUGUGACUCCAAUGAGAUUCAAGUUAUGGGAGAGUACACGCCCCAUGAUGCUGAACCCGGAAUGUAUUUUUUGGACACAAAUUCAUAUUCCCCGUACGCAAUAGGCCAAUAACUCAUGUCACUGUGUUGAAAUUCUUGAAUAAAUAAAAUUACCCAGCUCAUA